UUUUUUUAAAUGUGUUCAAGGUGUUAGCUGUAUUGAGAUAAAAAAAAAACAAAGAACAAAGUCCUAAUCCUUAAGGGACUAAAUUCUCGUGGUGGGACAACGAUAAUCAUAGAACGGAGCAGUCUUAAGCGCCGUGUGAAUGUAAACGGGAUGAUUUAUCAAGAAUGUCUUGAAGUCAGAGUGUUGGAGUCUGUCUGACCCCAGCCAAAACCCAAACCAAACCCAGUGCCCUCGAGUGGAUUCCGACUCAGCGACCCCAUAGGACAGAGUAGAACUGCUCCGUAGAGUUUCCAAGGAGCGCCUGGCAGUUUCGAACUGCUGACCUUUUGGUUAGCAGCCCUAGCAUUUAACCACUACGUCACCAGGGUUUCCGUCCGACCCCAAGGGCAGGGCAUUUUCCACCACACCGUUUUGUGUCCUUUCUAAUCAGGGUGAAGUUCAUCGCGGUGUAAGUGCCUUUGGCUAGCCCUGGCUUUCCGCUACCCCCUGACGAUUUGGGAAUAUGGUUGUAGCGACUCUUGAGUUACUUCCUACAUUUUGCUCCGGGGCCCUAGUGUGACAUUGUGAACUUUGAAGAACAUCAGUCCCUUCCCUCAGACUGACCCAGAUGCUGCAGCGGGAGAUCCCUGGAGGAGGAUUUAUUCGCAAAGUGCAUGUUCUUUGGAGGAAGAUUGACUUACUGCCUUGACUUAGACCUUGGUUACUUAGUUUGCAGGCACAGUGAGCAGAAUGAGCACUUCACAGGACCAGAGUGGCUGCUCCAGUAAUCGAGAGCCCCUUUUGAGGUGUUGCGAAGCACGAAGGGACUUAGAGCUUGCUAUUGGUGGAGUUCUCCGGGCUGAACAGCAAAUUAAAGAUAACCUUCGAGAGGUCAAAGCUCAGAUUCACAGCUGCAUAAGCCGUCACCUGGAAUGCCUUCGAAGCCGUGAGGUGUGGCUGUAUGAACAAGUCGACCUCAUCUAUCAGCUGAAAGAGGAGACCCUGCAGCAGCAAGCCCAGCAGCUCUACUGGUUAUUGGGCCAGUUCAGUUGUCUCAUUCAUCAGCUGGAGUGCUCCCAAAACAAAGAUCUAGCCAAUCAAGUUUCUGUGUGCCUGGAGAGACUGGGCAGUUUGACUCUUAAACCAGAAGAUUCAACUGUCCUGCUCUUUGAAGCAGACACAACUGCACUGCGUCAGACCAUCACCACAUUUGGGACCCUCAAGACCAUGCAAAUUCCUGAGCACCUGAUGGCUCAUGCUAAUUCAUCAAGUACUGGACCCUUCUUGGAGAAGAGGGGUUAUAUCCCAGUGCCAGAGCAGAAGUCAUCAUCCGGCACCACAGCCGUCCCUCUCAGUGAAUGGCUCCUUGGAAGCAAACCUGCCAGUGGUCAUCGGGCUCUGUAUGUACCCAGCACCAACCCCCAGGACUGGCUCACCCAAAAGCAGACCUUAGAGAAUAGUCAGACUUCUCCCAGAGCCGGCAGUUUCUUCAGUAAUGUCUGGGGUAACCUCAAGGGCUUGGAAAACUGGCUUCUCAAGAGUCAGCAACAAGAAGUUCCUGAAAAACCAAGUUACCAAAAGUUUAACAGCUGUUCUUCUACCAGUUCUUCCUCCGUUGAUGUUAAAAAGGUCAGAGAUCUGGAGCUUCUUGAUCAAGAUGAGGUGGACCUUUCCAACUGGCUGCUGACUCCCCAGAAACCCCAAAAGCUGGAGAAGCCAGAGAAUGGCAGUUGUGAAACCAAUGAGAAGUUUAAGCUCUUGUUCCAGGUUUUCCAGGAGUCCUAUAAUGUGAGCGAUUGGCUUGUCAAGCCCAGUUCCUGUACCAAUUGUCAGGGCAACCAGCCCAAAGGUGUAGAGAUUGAAAACCUAAGCAAUCUGAAGUGCCUGAAUGACCACCUGGAGGCUAAGAAACCACCAUCCCCCCCCAGCAUGGUUACCAUGGAUUGGCUUGUCCAGAACCAUCAAGAACCCUAUAAAGUAGAAGAGGUAUGCAGAGCCAACGAGCCCUGCACAAGCUUUUCAGAGUGUGUGUGUGAUGAAAAUUGUGAGAAGGAAGCUCUGUGUACAUGGCUUCUGAAGAAAGAAGGAAAAGAUAAAAACGGGAUGCCUGUGGAUCCAAAACCUGAGCUCGAGAAGCUUAGAGAGUCACUGACUAUGUGGCUCUGUCCUUCCAGAAAAGAGGCGGCAGGAGAAGCUAAGACACCAAAGGCCACAGCUCCUUCCAGAGUUGCUGAUACCUUUCAAGUCAUAAGGAACAGCCCCUUGUCCGAGUGGCUCAUAAGACCACCUCGCAAAGAAGGAAGUCCCAGGGAGGUGCCUAGUACCGAGGACAAAGCUGGCAAACAAAAGCUUGUGAGUCCCACGGCCACUUCCUGGUGUCCCUUCAACACAGCUGACUGGGUCUUGCCAGGAAAGAACACAGGAAAGCUCAGCCAGGCAUCCUCUGGAGAAGACAAGUGGUUACUGCGAAAAAAGGCCCAGGAAGUCUUACUUAAUUCACCCCUACAGGAGGAACAUAACUUUCCGCCAGACUGUUACGGCCUCCCAGCAGUUUGUGAUCUCUUUGCCUGUAUGCAGCUUAAAGUUGAUAAGGAAAAGUGGUUGUAUCGAACUCCUCUACAGAUGUGAAGGAAUGGAAAAUGGGAGUCGAGCACCUUCUCUGCAGAUCACCGCACACCCAUGAGCCGAGUGACCGCGCCUUGCCAAAUCAUUGUUUCUGGAUCUGACCUGUCAGCUUAGUUCCUUUCCUGCCUCAGUUUGAACUAGUGAAGAGAAACAAAUCAUCAAAUUACAAGUUACCAUGUAAAAGAAAAAGGAUGUUUGUUAAAUUGAUGCUGAGAAGGUUCAAUUCCUUCUUAAGAGAAGUAUGACUUCAUUCAGCCCUGCGUUAGAAACACAGCAUCACGGUGGACAGGGCUUUUCCGUAAGCCUCCGUGGCUCCUUAGAUUGUUAAUAGAAGUACAUUAAAGCACUGUAGUUUUAAAAUGAUUUCUGUAAUCACAGUGUAUUGAUGUGUUUAAAGGUAGUAAACUUUCCUAGCCUUUUGAUUGUUCUUCUUUAGAAGCUUCUUUUGCUAUGAGUUUUCUUCCAUUAGUGGUCUGAAAUGAUUACUGUUUAAUUAAUAUAUAUUAAUAUUUUCCAUGAGUAAUUUACCUUGCCAACAUAGUGAUUUUUUUCCUUACUGAAAUGUGUAUUAAUCAUCUUGGCAAUUUCUGACAAUUAUAAAGCACAUUUAACGUACAUGUUAAUUCUAUAUUUAUUCUCCUUUUGAAAGAAAUUCAACUAUUGCAAACUCUUUGUUGAUCUCUUAAUGUUAUUAAAAUAUCUGGUGAGCUCUUUUAUAAGGGCUCUGUAUUGUUUCAAGACCACCUUCAGUGUAGUCCUAGCCUCUUUCAAAAUAUUCUGCAGGCAAGAGCCCCAGUGCUGACCAAUCAAAGAGCAAAAGACAAAAGCAUGUUGAAAAUAUUGUGCUUGAGCCAUUUACUACCCUAGAGAUUAUUGGUGCGUCCCGUGUGAAUGGAAGCUGAACUCGACACCUGGUGCUUUUUAACUAGGGAUAAAUGAACUGUCCCCCUGGAAGCCCAGCAUACACCUGCACCUCUCUGAGUACAAUGCAGUGACAUUUUAGUGAACAGGUCGUCUCGAACACUUGUGCCUUGGGGUGUUUGCUGAAGCUUUAUAAAAACUAUUGAUGUUUUCCUCAUCAUCCUUAAAGUUAUGUCUGUGCUUUAAAAAUGGGAUUUAUAGUGUUUUCAUGUUCUCUAAAAUGAGGUGUCUUGGCCUCUGUCCAGGGUUUUAAACUGUUAAGCCACUUAACUGCCUAUGUAUUAUUGGAAAUACUUUUGUUAAAAAGGUUGUGAUGUGGUCAACUCAAAAGCCCCUUGGGGGAAACUUCACAGUAUCAUGGCUUCACUAGAGUUCUUUGACCACAGCUGAAGAGAGCCUCAUGUGUCCCCAGACACCGUUUAGUCCCCCAGAUACCAUUUAGAGCUAGAGUUACAAAGGUGUGGGGUAAAAACAACUUAAGGAGCCUAUCCCACAUCACAGGUUGCAGGAAACUAGUUUGUAGAGUUUUCUUUUUUGAGGUGUAACACAGCUGUGUGUUCCUAAACUUAGAUGAGUUACUGUGCUAACGUGUAAAACAUUCUCUUGCACUGAUGCAUCUUAAUACCUCUCUCCAUGAAAAUCCUAACAGCCAUAGUUGUUGCGUGUAUUUGUAAAACUACCUUGUCACAUAGCAUGCUAGCACAUUUUAAAAAUGCGAUAACCUUUGGUUAGGAGCAUAACUGAGAAAUGACUUGAAUACAUACAAAUUGUUUUUAUAUUUACUAAAAUAAAAUGUAUUUUAUGAAUCUUAAAUUAGCAAAUAAGUCACAUUAACAACUUUAAUUUUCAAUCUUUUUUCCCUGUAAACUCUUUACAUCCAUCCCUUUUAAUUUUGAAUCUGUUCUGUUGCAGAUAAAACAUGUUAAAACCACACGUCUAUGUAUGGGUGUGUGUAUAUAUCUUUAAAUAGGGGACUUCAGCUGAUUGCUGAGUGCCUUUCUGCCUGAUUCCCCCUCCCAGAUAUAUCCAAAAGGUCCUAGUUUGCUUUUUCCAGUCCUAAUAGCCACCAGUGUAGUAUUACGUAUACGUGUAACCUGCAGUCCAGUUAUAUCUGAUUAACUUCAUUUUCUAGAUGAGAAGGUAAUUUGUCCUUUGUUUAGCCUUCCCAAGGCUUCCUUGAGAAGCUUCUAGCUCUUAUCUAUUUUGUCUUUUUCUAAUUAUCCCCAUUAAGGAGAUGAGUUAAUGCAUGCAGAUUUAAGCACGACUGUUAGAUUUAUGCUAACGCACAACUCUAACUGUAGAAUGGUUAACCUGAAAUAACCUUGGGAAAAGUCUUAUCCUACCUUUUAAUGCCACCAGUAGUCCUUCAUUUCAACACAAACAUGAAAACAUGUUUUAGACCUGCUGGGACAGAAACAGUGCCAAGAGUAAUGGUCCAGGGAAUGCUUAUAAAUGGAGACAGCCACUGUAUUUAUGUUGGAGUUAUGACUCCGGUUCUGUUUUCACCCUUUAUUGGGAAUACAGGAUAACAUUAGGAUCACUGAAUCAAACUUGCUGAUAAACAUGACCUGGAUUCUGGGAGUAAGUGGUUUUCCAGUUCAAGGAGAAAUGUGUGCAAGGUCUCCAAAGGAGAAGAGAACCAUAUUACUCAGGGAGCCUUCAAAGAAGUUUGGCUCCAACUCACAAAUGGCUAGACUGCCAGUCCUGGUAACCAUCAGUGAUCUUCAUCACAGCAAAAACAAUCUCCAACUUUUUAAACUAACUGCAGGUAGAAGAGAGACCACCUCCAGACUUAUAAAUUGGUUUGGCUGACUACUAAGUGUCCUCCAUCCACAUGUUGGCAAAGUCUUCAGAGUGACUGUUGGAUCCAGGAGCCUUUCAUGUGCUCCCAGUUGUUAUAUAGUGCGUAGAGGCUGGUCAGUGUUAGUCCUGCUAGGCCACCACGUGCUACCCCCCGAAGACCACCUGGGAGAGAAAGAAAGAAAGGAAAAAAAAAAAAUGAGACAGCCUUGUAUUCCAUAGUAUCCUAGCACGAAAAGAUUAAACAAAGUCAAAA